AUGGCAACCCCGCCAGUGAGCACCUCCGGGGACGUGCGCUGGGGGGUGACUAGUGAAAAGCGGACCUUGUCCACAACCUGCGCUGAAAUUCGCGACCUUCUGGUGCGAGGAUCACAGAGGAACACGGCUGGAUUUGGCUGGGACGAAAGAUGGCAGACAGCAGGUCGACCUCACAAGAUGGCAGACAGCUGGUUGACCUCACAAGUUGGCAGACAGCUGGUUGACCUCACAAGAUGGCAGACAGCAGGUCGACCUCACAAGAUGGCAGACAGCUGGUUGACCUCACAAGACGAUAGACAACUGGUUGACCUCAAGACGGCAGACAGCUGGUUGAUCUCACAAGUUGGCAGACAGCUGGUUGACCUAACAGGAUGGCAGACAGCUGGUCGACCUCACAAGAUGGCAGACAGCUGGUUGACCUCACAAGAUGGCAGACAGCAGGUCGACCUCACAAGAUGGCAGACAGCAGGUCGACCUCACAAGAUGGCAGACAGCAGGUCGACCUCACAAGAUGGCAGACAGCUGGUUGACCUCACAAGACGGCAGACUGCAGGUCGACCUCAAAGAUGGCAGACAGCAGGUCGACCUCACAAGAUGGCAGACAGCUGGUUGACCUCACAAGACGCAGACUGCUGGUUGACCUCACAAGACGAUAGACAACUGGUUGACCUCAAGACGGCAGACAGCUGGUUGAUCUCACAAGUUGGCAGACAGCUGGUUGAUCUCACAAGUUGGCAGACAGCUGGUUGA